AAACACUUUUGAAAGAUUGGAAAGUCAUGGUGAUGGUGUGGAGUUGUCUGCAACCCAUCCCAACUCUAAUUCCACCCAAAUCUCAUUCAUCAUCUAGUAAGAGUUUUGUCAUUUCACGACGAAAAAGUAUAGUCUUUACUGCCUCUGUUUUCACAUGGUUUCUCCAAUCUCUACCAAAUUCAACACUUUCUUCAUUUCAUUCUGCGAUUGCCCAGCCACAACAAGAUGAAUUUGACAAAGAUGAAGAUCGCAUCGUUAACCUCUUCCAGGAAACUUCACCAUCUGUUGUCUUCAUUAAAGACCUUGAAUUAUUAAAAAGCCCCAAAAGCUCAAACGAGGUUACCGUGACUGGAGAUGAAAAUGCAAAAGUUGAAGGGACAGGUUCCGGUUUCAUUUGGGAUAAAUUUGGUCACAUUGUCACUAAUUAUCAUGUUGUUGCCAAAUUGGCCACAGAUAACAGUGGACUACAACGUUGUAAGGUGUUUCUAGAGGAUGCAGGAGGCAACAGCUUUUGGAGGGAAGCAAAGAUUAUUGGUUUUGAUCCAGCAUACGAUCUGGCUGUUCUGAAGGUUGAUGUUGAAGGGAAUGAAUUAAAGCCAGUCAUUCUCGGUACGUCCAGUGAUUUACGUGUGGGUCAGAGCUGCUUUGCCAUUGGAAAUCCUUAUGGAUAUGAGGACACUCUAACAAUAGGGGUAGUCAGUGGAUUAGGCAGGGAUAUACCCUCACCAAAUGGAAGAGCCAUCCGUGGAGCUAUACAAACAGAUGCUGCUAUUAAUGCUGGAAAUUCAGGCGGCCCCUUGAUUGAUUCACAUGGUCAUGUUAUUGGGGUUAAUACGGCCACUUUCACUCGCAAAGGGACAGGAGUAUCCUCUGGUGUCAACUUUGCCAUUCCAAUUGACACUGUUGUGCGGACUAUUCCAAACCUUAUUGUUUACGGAACACCUUACAGUGAGAGGUAUUAGUUACUUCGGUCAGUCAGAUUGACCAUAUGCUUCUGUUGGCACUCAUCCUAUGAUUAAAGGUGAUUUUCUCCAAUGAAUAGAACUGGGGGCAAGGUCAAUGUUUUACAUGAAGAAGGGUAAGAAAUGAAGGAAACAUUGAUGUUCAACUCUUUUAACUUUUUCUCAAGCUUUCUGAUGAUCUUGGGUGCAUAAUAGAUAAGAUAUUAGCGCGAUAUGCAUAAUCAAGUCUUGUUUUUGGUACUAAGCAUUUGAUGUUGUCCAUUCUGGACUUUGUAUAAAUUUAGUGAUUGGAUGCCAAAAUAUGGGGAUGAAUUUGGUUCUAGAUACUGUGUAAAAGAGGGGGGAAAAGAAACUAGUUCAGUUGAUGCUACUAUGUUAUGUUUUCUUUUCUUCUUCUACGGAUGCCAUUAUAUAUAUAUUUGUUAGGUAAA